UGGACUCGCCCUCGGAGGGAAACGCGUCCGCAAGAUCUCUGGCUGCAGAUUCUAGGGCCCUCUUCGUGGGUGCCUGGCAUAGCUGUAGGUGACUGCACCCCCACCGAGCAUGGCGGCCCGGCCGUCCCUGCCACCAGACCCAGAGUUUGUCCUCCGAGGAACCCAGUCAGCAGUGCACGCGCUGCAUUUCCUCGAAGGUGCCCAGGGACAGGGGCACCCGCUCCUCCUCUCAGGGUCCCUGAAUGGUCUGGUGCACAUCUGGAGCCUGCAGACACGGAGGGCACUCGCCACCCUGAAUGGGCACGGGGGUCAGUGUGUGAUCUGGCUGCAGACACUGCCCCAGGGGCCCCAGCUCCUCAGUCAGGGCCGGGACCUGAGGCUGCACCUGUGGGACCUGGCGGAGGGCAGGAACACCAUCGUGGACUCUGUGGGCCUGGAGAGCGUGGGCUUCUGCAAGGGUUCCCUCCUGGCCAGAGGCCCACAGCGCUGGACUCUGGCAGUGCCUGGGAGAGGCAGUGAUGAGAUUCAGAUUCUGGAGAUGCCAUCCAAGACGUCAGUGUGCACCCUGAAGCCAGAGGCAGAUGCCAAGCCAGGCAUGCCCAUGUGCCUGGAGCUGUGGCAGGCUGACUCCAGCUCCCGCCCACUCCUCCUGGCCGGCUAUGAGGAUGGAUCGGUGGCCCUGUGGGAUGUCUCCGAGCGGAAGGUGUGCAGCCGCAUCGCCUGCCACACAGAGCCCGUCAUGGGCCUUGACUUUGACUCCCAGAAGGCCAGGGGCGUCUCAGGCUCCGCGGAGAAGGCGCUGGCUGUCUGGAGCCUGGAUGAGCAGCAGGCCCUGCAGGUGUGCAGGACUCAUGAACUGACCAAUCCCGGGAUCUCUGAUGUCAAGAUUCGGCCUGACCGAAAGAUCCUGGCCACUGCGGGCUGGGACCAUCGUGUCCGCGUGUUUCACUGGCGGACGAUGAAGCCGCUGGCCGUGCUGGCCUUCCACACCGCCGUCGUCCACUGCGUGGCCUUUGCUGCCGAUGGCUUGCUAGCAGCGGGGUCCAAGGAUCAUCGCAUCAGUGUCUGGUCACUCUACCCUCGCUCGUGACUUGCCCGCUCCCUGUUCUGGACACAUGGGGGACAGAGAGGUGGCACUCACACUUCGGUCUGACUCAGGCAUGUGGAAACUAUGCCUCAGGACCCCUGAGGACAUCAAGUCACCAGUUCUCCUCACUUUUUGCAUGAGGCUUGUCUCCUCUUGUGAAAUUCAGCAUCUGUACAGCAGUGACUCUGUGGUUUACAAAGAGUAACUGGGCCUGGGUUAGAGGCCAGCCUGGGAGGUGCUUUCCAGUAAACUUAAAGUUGCAAACCUGUAGGCUUGGGGUAUGAAUUCUCCAAGGCAGCCCCUCCAUUUCCCCCUCAGGGUCAGAGCCAAACAUGUGUCGUCUACUCAGACCCUCCACGGGGCAGGUUGCUCAGUCCCCAUCCAGCAGGGGCACUAAGUGUGGUCCCCAAGACCUGACACAUAGCUCCUCCCCCCAAGGAUAGGCAGUAGCUCUGAUGCACAGCGCUGAGGCCAGGACAGGAGAAGGGAGUGACUGACUGCUACGGAAGUGAAGCAGAAAGAGGGUGCCGAGGAGGGAUGGCAAAGGCACUGGGCAGUGAGAGCCCAUGGUGGGGGCAGGCAAACACAGGGCGGGUGGGAGGCAAAGGGCUGCGUCCAGGGCAGCUUCUAGGCAGAAAGCACAGCAGCCGUAGAUGAGACAAGCUGGCCCUCCUGGUACCCAGGGCGCAGUGACAGCUGGCACUGCAUACACAGGGCAACUGGGCAUCAGCACCCCAGUCAGGUAGUGCACCCAGGGUCUCCACCCACAUGCGGCCAAGCCCUGCCAUCUGGGCGUCUUCUCCUAAAGCGAGGUCAUCAGUAGGGAAGAAACAGAAUCCUUAAAAUUGGGGUGGGAACUGUGGGCAGGUCCCAGCAAAGCCGGGGGCCUCAAACCCCUUUGUUCUGCCAGCUUCUUUGACAGAAGAGCCCCCUUGGGCCCUGCCGGAGGAAGUCCGCCCUCCUUAACUCGAAGGACCUAGAACGGCCUCCCCCUAGGCAGGGGCCUUGCGGGACGCUCAGGAUCCUCAGCCCCGCCCUGCUUUACUUCUAACUAGACUCAGGUUCCAGCAGGCCCCCAAGGGUGAGGUACAAAGUGUGACCCAUGAGGAGGUGGCUACGCUCCAAAAAAGCUGCACGGUUCUCCCGGCUUAUGCCGGCGGAAAUCUGGAGAACACGUGUGGGAUCCAGGUGGCAGGAAUAUGAGAUGCAUCAGGCCGAAUCCACUGACACAGGUCCACUGACAGAGGGUCUGGCCUCGACGCUGCAGCUCGAAGGGUUGGAAGGGCCUCCGAGGUCUUGUUGGUAGUUUGAAACGGGCACCACGAGGCAGGCACACUGAGUUAGUGUUGAAAUGCCAGAGACGCCUCGAGGUACCGCAGAGGGGAACUGAGGGCUUGCGGAGAUUGGGGUGUUCUAGGUGACUUACCAAGGGAGACCUGCUCACCCACUGCAGGAGGGGCCCGGGAUGCGCCCUCCCCCAUCACUGGGAGGAAUGCAGCUGUGAGGGCCCGGCAUCCUGGAAGGACUCUGCCGUCGCUUUGCUCUGCAGGUCAGAAACUGCAGUGGGAGCUGCUGCCACAGAACAGGGAUCUGUAUGUGCAGUGGUUCCCAGGCAGGCAGGGCCUGUGGGUGGAACCCAGUUGCUAAAGACAGGGCAGGCACAGUUGUCGCAGUGGCCUCGGGGUCGCAGCCCCAGUCGGCAGUCUGACUCACAGAGGCCCAGACACAGGCCCGUGACCGUGGGUCCCGUGGGUCCCUGGGAAUGGAAUCGAGGGGCGGCCUGCCGAGGUCUGUCUCGGUCCCCAUGAAGUGGAAGUGUUGUGGCUCUAGGAAAUGGACAUCUGACCUGGGCUACCACAGCGGAGGCCCAGCCCCUCAAUCACAGAGCCAGGCCCCUUGAGGAAAGACCCCACUACACUGCUGACAGCAACGUGCUGCUGGUCUUUGCCCAGCCUGCGCCAGGGGCCUGCGGCUGCCCCCAGGAACUGAGCCGCAUUCCUGGGAAGGCAGCCCUGAUCCCGAGCUCAUGGAUCACCCAGUGCAGGGACUGGCCUCCCACGCCGACCCCGCUGCACGGAGGUGCUGCCGGGUGUCCCCUAGCACCUUAGGUGGGGGCCACACCAGUCCCUGAGCGUCCUGUAGCCGGGAUUUCCACAUCGUGAUCAUCGUGAGGAGGCGGAGCUGUUUGGGCUGCAGGAACCCGCACCUCGUCAGGCAUGAGGAGAGCUGCAGGCAGCCAUGCUCUGGGUGCUCCAGACCAGUCAGAGACCGUGGAGGGUGACCUCACCAGGCGGCAGCCUGGCCAUGGCUCCCCCAAGAGGCCACACACAGGGUCAGCAACCGAAGUCUGUCAGAGCCACCUCAGAACACACAUCCUCUGCCACGUCUCUGCAGCGGCACCUGCCCACUCCCAUGGCUGAGGCAGCAGGGCGCCAGCUUGUGGACGGUCAUUUCAGAAGGUGAACCUUCGCUGACCUCCAGCAAAGCCUCCACAGCCACUUCCACAGACGUCUACACCCUAAAGACUGGACCAGAGGUGACAAUGGCUACAGUCUACUACCAAAUAGCAAUGACCUCUGUCAGACAAGGCUCCACACCCACCUGGCCCUCUCAUGAAAGCAAAGCUGUGACACAUGCAAAGGGCAAGUGGCGACGUCCCUCCUCGGGUGCCGGGCACGGUGGGGCUGUGCUGUGAAGACGCUGCCAUGAGAAGGGAGCGCCUCGUCAGGCACCUGCGCCCUUCCAGGGCCCUGCCCGAGCCCACUGUCGUGCUGGGACUCCACACAGCCGUCCUGCCUCAGCUUGGACUCCCAGGCGGCGCGUGCUGGGCCAGUGCAGCCUCAGGGGGCUGUGAGGCUGGGUCCCGGCCUGUGUCCCUGCCCCUGUGUAAGUCCCCGUCAUAGCUCAUCAAGAAUCAUGACGACUGUGUCCUCUGUCAGAAUCGUGGAUUUGCAGAUAGCCUUGGCAGGGUGUCACAGACCAGGGGACGGGGUACUGCCAGUCAACACAUGGUGUUUCCAGGAUGCCAAGGCGAGCUGUCCUGUGCCUGGACGUGGUGAAGAGGAGGUGCUGGUGAUGCGGCCCCCGGGCCCGGCCCUGGCCCUGACAUUGAAGGCACAUGCAGAGGCUCACGGAGCAUCACGAGCAGCUGACGUGAGCUGGACUCUGGGCUGUCCACCAAGUCCUGCUGGUGAGCAGUGUCCUGGGGACAUCUUGUGGCCGAAUCUCAGCGUGUGGGGACCAAGUUGGGCUGUGACGGACGUCCCCCACAAGCCCCCUGUGCCUGAUGUGGCCCUUCUCCACGCAGAGUGGGCCUUGGGCUGGGGCUGGGUGGGGAAGGCGGCAGGAUCCUCAGCCUCUGAGGCUUAAUGGAUGUCACAGGAGAUUGGUGGCUGAGGAUUUUGUUUACUCAGCUGAGCCACCUAGAACAACAGUGACACCAGCUGUACUAGGAAUGUUGGGGUCCGAACCAGCAAGCCGUCCCAUUUUCUGGGCUCCUCCUCUUUACCCACGGCGGGACCCCAGCUUUGUACAGCAGGCCUCUGCCUCGGCAGGACCUGGGGCCUAGCAGAUCACCACAAACCCGAGCAGACUCAGACCUCCCACACCAUGAGGAGCGGGCGUGUCCCGGACAGCCAGCCUGGGGAGGAUGCGUGAUGUUUGCAGAGCUUCAGAUUAUCAUCAUCACGUCCCGAGGGCCAAGUCCUUCCUCAAACCUGACAGGACCCAGGUGUGCAGGGGUACCGCCAUCUUUCAGCAUGUGACCCCCGUGGUGGGCGGAGGGGCUCUGGCCAGUUUCCCUGACUGUCCAGCAUGGGCUGCAGCGUGGACGCAGGUGACGUUUCUACAUCGCUCACGCAGGACAGGUAGGUGCUCUGUGAGAAGGAGCCUCUGUGCAGCUCCAAGGCCGAGUGUGCUCGACAGUUAGUCCCUUGGACAUUAACUGUGGGCCCUCUACACUCUGCUGGAAGGCUUCUUUAUUUUCUUUAAGUGAAUGCUCAUAGCAGCUUUGUUCAAAGCUAAAAACAACCAAAAUGUCUCUUGGCAGGUGAAUGGAGAUGUGAACUGUGGUCAGUCCAUACCAUGGAGUUCCACCAGCCACAGAGAGGAACUGGCUAGGCCCUGUGGACUCAGGUGGAGGGUGCAGUAGAGGCCAUCUUAGGCCAGAAAGCUCAGCAUGGCCCAUAUCCCCCCACCCCCCACCUGUGCCUGUCCAGGGGGGUCACAUGAGGCACCCCUGGGGCCACGCCUGCACAGAGGCUGCCUGGGCAUGGCUCCCCGACACUUUGAGUAAUCCGUGGGGCUCAGGCAGAGGACGACGGGAGGCCUCACGCUCCACUGAAAAGUGUUCUCCAGAUUCCAUUUUCCCACAACACGCAAAGCCUGCCCUUCCUUAAAGAUGUUCCCACACACCCAGUGUCAGUCGAUAAGCCUGUCCCUGGCAGUCCAGUUGCCAGCACUGUUCCUCAACCCAUCAGAUGAAGGGAGAGCAGGGCUCGGGCCAGGCCUUUGACCUUCACCUCAGGCCGUGAGGGAAGCCCCACUCCUGGUCACACACCUGGAGGCUGGCGGCCACGUGUCCAGCCGUCUCUGGCCCUGCUCGUCCACCUGCCCUGAUGUGAGGUGUUUCCAACAGGACCCUCCCUGGGCACAGCACGCCCAGCCGUGUCUGUGGCAUCGGGUGGCUUUGCAAAAUCACUCCCAUGAGCCCUGACUGGUGUGGCUUGGUCGUGCAUCAUCCUGCGAAGUGAAGAGUCGCCAGUUUGAUUCCCAGUCGGCACAUACCUGGGUUGUGGGUUUGGCCCCCAGUCGGGGGGCGUAUAAAAAGGCAACCGACCAGUGUUUCUCACACUGACGUUUCUCUCCCUGUCUUUCUCCCUUCC